CUGAUCUGACGAAAUAAUUUGGACUCCGCCGCUGGGCUGGGUCUGGGGGUGAGGAGGGUGUGGAUCCGAUGGCGGUUGAGUUGAUUUGAUUGUGUGGGUCCGUCGUCGGUCAUACAUUGCCCUUGGGCUGGCCUUGCCUUGCACCACCGACCCAAUUUCUUCAUACGUCAUUCCCCUUUCUGUCUCUGUCUCUGUCUCUCUCAAACCUUUUUAAUAGCAGCAGUAGAUUGAUUAGAUUAGAUUAGAUGUCUUGUCUAUAAAUGAACGCUGGAUCCUCCCCCGCUCUGCUGCCGUACUCAUUCCUUCAUUCCAGAACUCCUCCACGUGUAUCUUCCCUUCCCUUCCCUUCCCUACCCUUCCACCGAUUUCCUCCUAGUUCCUUCCUUCCUUCUAUACAUACAUACAUACACCAUACUGCUUAAUUUGAACCAACCAUCCCUUCCCCUCCUUGCCACUCGAUCAUUUCUCUCUUUCCUCGAGUCUAAACUCAACCGUGUCGCUCGUCAUAUUCAUCUAUACAUACAUAUACAGGAAUAGGAGCUAGCUUUAAUUCUUCGAUGAUGGCACCUCCUCCUCCUCCUAAUCUGAUUCUUGAAAAGAUUUCUAGUUAUUUCCACAAGGAAAAGGAAGAGGAAAAGGAGCCCCCUUCCAGAUUUUCCUUGUCUUCCUCCAACAGGGAAAUCUCCGUCGACGGAGUCACUCUUCUGUCCCAUGUUCCCGCCAACGUAACCCUCUCUAGCUUCUCAUCCACCCCCCAUUCAUCUGCUCCUGCUGCCGAUUCUCUGCCUCCCAAACACAUCCGAAAAUCAGUUCAAUCCAAUGCCCCAAACGGAGCCUUUCUAGGCCUCUCUGUCCCGGAGCCCCUCGACCGGAUCCUCAACCCCAUUGGGAGGUUCAGUGGCAGAAAGUUCUUGAGCCUCUUCCGCUUCAAAACAUGGUGGUCCACCAUGUGGGUUGGCUCGUCGGGCUCCGAUCUUCAAAUGGAGACUCAGCUCCUGCUCCUACAACUUCCCGAACUCGAUUCAUACGUACUCAUCCUCCCCCUGAUUGAAGGAAACUUCCGAUCAGCCAUCCAUCCCGGCUCCGACAACCAGGUUGUGCUCUGCGUCGAGAGUGGCUCCACAAAGGUGAAAGCGGCCUCAUUCACCUGCUGUGCGUAUUUCCACGUCGGCGACAACCCGUACGAUCUCAUGAGGGAUGCCCUAGCGGCAGUGCGUGUCCAUUUGGGGACGUUCCGGCUGCUGGAAGAGAAAACGCCCCCGGAAAUCAUCGACAGGUUUGGUUGGUGCACUUGGGACGCCUUCUAUCUCACUGUGGAGCCCGUUGGCAUCUGGUGCGGAGUUAAGAGCUUCGCCCAAAAUGGGCUCCCGCCAAGAUUCCUCAUCAUCGAUGAUGGCUGGCAAAGCAUUAACAUGGAUCACGAGGACCCUCUGCAAGAUUCCAAAGACCUGACAGGUCUGGGAUCCCAAAUGCUCUGCAGACUCUACCGAUUCCAGGAGAAUGAAAAAUUCGCCAAGUACCAGCCCGGCGCAAUGUUAAGAAGUGAUGCGCCGGAGUUCGAUCAAGAGAAGCAUGACAGGAUAUUCAAAGAGCUGAUUGAAUUGGCAGAGAAAAAGAAGGCCCUUGAAGAAGCAGGCGGGGGUGGCUCCAAUGAUUCCAGCCUCCUGCCUGAAGGAACUGUCAUCGAAUACUUGAAAGAAGAGGAAGGUGUUGAGAGAGGGGGGUUGAAGGCAUUGGUCGCCGACUUAAGGAGAGAGUUCUCCGGUUUGGACGAUGUGUAUGUGUGGCAUGCUCUGUGUGGGGCAUGGGGUGGAGUUAGGCCUGGAACCACUCAUUUGAAUGCCAAAGUGACUCCUGCAAAACUGGCUGCUGGGCUGGAGAAAACCAUGUAUGAUUUGGCUGUGGUUAUGGUCGAGAAAGGUGGGAUCGGACUCGUCGAGCCAGAACAAGCUGCAGAUCUGUACGAGGCUAUGCAUUCCUAUCUCGCUGAUGCCGGCAUCACCGGUGUCAAGGUGGACGUCAUCCAUACAUUGGAGUAUGUCUGCGAGGACCAUGGAGGCAGAGUAGCGCUAGCCAAGGCAUACUACGAUGGUCUAACCAAAUCCCUCAAGAAAAACUUUAAUGGCACAGGCCUUAUUGCCAGCAUGGAGCAGUGCAAUGACUUCUUCUUCUUGGCUACAAACCAAAUAUCCAUGGCCAGAGUUGGGGACGACUUCUGGUUCGAGGAUCCUAAUGGCGAUCCCAUGGGGGCAUACUGGCUGCAGGGGGUUCACAUGAUACACUGCAGUUACAACAGCUUGUGGCAGGGGCAGUUCAUUCAACCUGAUUGGGACAUGUUCCAGUCAGACCACCUCUGUGCCGACUUCCAUGCUGGAUCCCGAGCCAUAUGUGGGGGGCCAGUGUAUGUCAGCGACAAAGUUGGGCGCCACAACUUUGAUCUAUUGAGGAAACUAGUGCUGCCGGAUGGAACCAUACUCAGAUGCCAGCAUUACGCCCUUCCAACCAGGGACUGUCUGUUUGAGAACCCUCUUUUUGAUGGCAAAACCCUGCUGAAACUCUGGAACCUGAACAAGUUUGGCGGGGUAAUAGGGAUCUUCAACUGCCAGGGGGCAGGAUGGUACCCUGAAGAACACAGGUGCAAGGCGCAUCCCGAAUGUUACAAGACAAUGUCUGGACAUGUGUGUUCUGACGAUGUCGAGUGGGAGCAGAAAGAGUUCACUGCCGAAUUGAGGAGGAGGGGCCAUGGACAGUUUGCUGCUUACCUUCACAAAGCUGGAAAGCUCCAUCUGGUGCAGGCAGGGGACAGAUUGGACAUCACUCUCCAGCCCACCUGUUAUGAAAUCGUUACCAUCUCACCAGUGCACAAAUUCAAUGACAAGGUCAAGUUUGCUGCAGUUGGGCUCCAAGACAUGCUCAACAGCGGGGGAGCUGUUGAGUUUCUCCAGCACACCGUGGAGAAGAGUAGUCGUUUUACCACGCUGAUGAAGAUCAAGGGGGCAGGGAAGUUUCUGGCUUACUCCAGCAUGAAGCCAUUGCAGGUGAUGUUGAAUGAUGAGAGUGUGGAAUUUGAGUGGAUGCCGAGUGGAGCUUUGAGUUUUCAAGUUCCGUGGACAGGUGGCCACCUUGCACGUGCCCGUGUAUCCUUUGAUAGCAGUAGCAGCAUAUAACACACAAGCAAGCACACAGGCAGACAGCUACUCUGUUGUUUUGGUUUGGUUUUGGUUUCCCUUCCUUCCCCCGGUAUUUCAUACUUAGAUUUGAUUUGUGUAUAUUGCUGCUAUGCUAUACUCACUUGCAGGUUUCUGCAAUGCAUGAUGCGAGUAUGUACAGUUUGUGCUGGACUCCUUUCUGUACCAGAAAUCCCAACAUCUACAGCUAA